AUGCUGCUGCGACGGGGCAUUGUGUUCCUGGUCACCGCCCGCGUGUUUAAUGUGCGCACGUUGUCAGCUCUCUCUCUCUCUCUCUCUCUCUCUCUCUCUCUCUCUCUCUCUCUCUCUCUCUCUCUCUCUCUCUCUCUCUCUCUCGUGUGUGUGUGCGUCAUUAUGGCUGACCAUCUCGUGCCCGUUCUGCAAGGCCUGAUGGUUGAGAACGAUGCCGAGCGUGAUGCUGCAGAGAAACAAUUGGACAUGUUCUUGGAGAACCAUCCCGAACAGACAGCCCUUGCCUUUCUUGAAGUCAUGAGCGGCACCUUUCCUUUGGAGCUGCAACAACUCUCUUGCGUCCUGUUUCGCCGCUACGCCCUUCACCUCAUUGAGCCUCACAAGGCCUUUUGGAGCCGUUGCUCAGCCGAAUGCCGCGCCACCAUCCAGCAGCAGCUCAUUGCGCUCUUGAGCCGUGCCGACCUGACUUCCAUGUUCCGCUCCAAGAUCUCCGACUGCAUUGCUUCGGUGGUCAAGGCCAUGAGCGUUGAAAUCGCUCAGAGCGACGAAGUUGAGAUUACUGAGCUUCCCAGCGUCCAGGAGUACUGGCCCGACCUCCUGACCAACCUCUUCCAGCUUGUCCAGAGUCAGACCGCCGAGCUCAUUGAAAACGCCGUCAUGGUCUUUGUCGCCAUCCCUGGUCUCUUUGGCCGCGACCUCGAAAAGCAUUUGGAAACCAUUCAUCAACUCAUUCGCAUGUGCUUCGCUCACAACUCGCUCGACGUCAAGAUUGUCGGUGCCGAGGCCUUUGCCGCCUUCAUGCCACUGGUUCCCAAGAAGCACUGGGCCAGCUUCUGCGAGCUCAUCCCGCCUACUCUUGAGCUGGCCUCUGAACUUGUUCAGCACAACCGCGGCGAUGAAGCCCAGAUGGUCCUCACUGCCUUUGUUGAGAUGGCUGAGACCAGCCCCAAGAUGAUGCGCGCCCGCCUCACAGAGGUGGUGGGUCUGAUGGCUCAGAUUGCCAACUUUGAGGAGGGCGACGAUGACUGCCGCAAGUUGGCCCUUGAGGUGAUUACCACCCUCUGCGAACAAGCACCUGGCAUGAUGCGCAAGGUCGAUGGCCUGGCCAUGCAAAUUGUUCCCAUCUGUCUGAAGUUUAUGAUGACUUUUGAUGACGAUGAGAGCUGGACGACCGAGGACCAGCUUGCCGAUGAUGAUGAUAGCGAUCUUGCCGCCACCGGUGAAUUUGCGCUGGAUCGUCUCAGCACGGCCCUCAAGGGCCGCACCUUUUUGCCCGCGGCCUUUGCCUUGUUGCCCAAUAUGCUGGUCAGCGAGGACUGGCAUCAGCGCUACGUCGGUGCUUUGUCCAUCGCUGCCAUCGGUGAGGGCAGCCACAAGAUGAUGAACGAGCAUCUUCCUUCCAUCGUCGAGCGCGUGUUCCCUCUCGCCGUCGAUCCGGUUGUUCGCGUGCGCUACGCCGCCGCUGCCGCUAUCGGUCAAAUGUCUAUCGAUUUCGCCGCCCCCUCGGGCAAGGAGUUUGCCACGGGCUUCCAGGCUCGCUUCCAUGAGCAAGCCAUCCCCACCCUGCUGCGCUCCAUUCGUGAGAGCCACGGUCAUCCCCGUGUCAUGGCCCACUGCAUUACAGCGCUCAUCAACUUUUGCAACAACUUCAAGCGCCAACUCUUGCUGCCAUACAUCAAUGAGAUGAUGCAGUUGCUCGGCGACUUGCUUAGUCUGCAGUCCCUCGUGGUUCAGGAGAGCACGGUCACGGCACUUGCGACCAUUGCCGACACGGCCAACAAGUACUUCAAGGAAUAUUACCAGUCGUUUACUCCGGCCUUGAAGAACAUUAUUCAGCACGCCCAGCAGGCUGAGCACGCCACUUUGCGUGCCAAGACUUUUGAGUGCUUCACGCUCAUGGGCUUGGCCGUUGGCAAGGACAUGUUCCUCAACGACGCUCUUGAGCUUAUCAAUCUUUUCAAGGGCAUGAAGGACAUGGGCAUGCAAUCAGAAGACCCCAACAUUGGCUUUAUGCUCACCAGCUGGGCGCGCAUUGCCGAGGUUCUCAAGGAUGACUUCGUUCCCUUCCUGCCUCUGGUCUUGCCCCCUCUUCUUCGUUCGGCCAAGCUCAAGGCUGAGAUGUGCCAGAUGGAUGACGAGGAGACUUAUGCCGACCUGCCCAACGAGGGUGAGGGUUGGGAGGUCCUUGACGUGGCCGAGGCGCGUAUUGGUAUCAAGACCACCACCUUGGAGGAGAAGCGCGUGGCUCUGGAGAUGCUGUGCAACUACGUCAAGCACCUUCGCGGUCAUAUGGCCCCCUUUGUGGCCGAACUGAGCUUCAUCACCGACCUCUUCCGCUUUAUCUUUGAGGACGGCGUACGUGUCUUUGCUGCCAACCUUGUGCCUUUCUGCUUGUUGGCGUACACGGAGAACCCGGCGUACGGCAUUCCUGCCGCCCAGGCACUGUGGCAGAGCACCUACCAGAAGCUCUGCGAAGCCGCCAACCGUGAACCCGAUCCCGAGACGUUGUCUUUCCAAUUGGUGGCUCUGCGUGAUUCAGUCCACACCCUCAAGGCCGAUGGUUUGAGCCCGGAGGUGAUGGGUGAGCUCACCAAAGUUAUUAUUGAGUGCAUGCGCAACUUUGAGGAUGAGGCGCUGGAUCGUUACAAACACCAACAGCAGGAUGAGGACUUUGAUGAGCAUGCAGCCACCGACCUGUCCGAGGACGUUGAGAUGCAAUAUGAAGUUGUGCAGGAGACUGGUCACCUCAUCCAUGCCCUCUUCCAGCACGGUGGCAACAAUUUCUGCCCCUUCUUCGAGGAGAUUGCUCCUUACUUCCUGGCUCUGUUGCAGCCGGGCCGCCACAUCAAGGAUCUGCUGUGGGGUCUCUGUGUCUUUGAUGACGUGAUUGAGUUUGCCCCUGAAUAUUCGGCCAAGUUUGCCCCCAACUUUGCCGAGCUCAUGGUGGCCAACCUGACCAGCCACGAUGCCGAGCUGCGCCAGGCCUGUAUCUACGGUGUGGGUCAAAUGGCGGAAAAGGCACCUCAAAUUUACGGCGAUGUGUGCCGCUCGGCCAUGCCACAUAUUCAGCAGCUCAUCACGGCCGAGGGAUCACGCUCGCUGCAACAGGCUGCCGCAACCGAGAACGCCAUUACCACAUUGGUGCGCAUGGCGCGCGCCGGUCUGGGUGCAACCGAGGCUGAAAUGCUGCCCAUGCUCCUGUCCUGGCUGCCACUUACAGAGGAUGACGUUGAAAUUUCCUACGUCAUGACCUACCUCCUCGAUUUGAUUGAGGCGCUCAGGCGGAUGCUAACAUCCAAAGCCAGCUGAAACCUUAUAUUGAGUCGGAUCAAGAAAUGAUGGAGCGAGUGUCGGAUGCUUUCCAAGGACAUUAGACUUUGGAGGUGAUGCUCCUCUUGUUUGUUUCUGCUCGAAUGUUUUGUUGUUGUUUCACAGCGAGGAGGCGUCGUGAUGCGGGCGGGCUUGCGACAUCCGACUUUUCUGCGAGUGUACGAGUACUUGCACCGACGCGCCUCUGGGGCUGUAUCGUUUGAGUGUCAUGUUUUCUCUUCAUUUCUUAUGUAGAGCGUCGUCAUGCCCGUCGCGUCUCUAUAAUGACGCACCUUUACCUCCUUGUAUCAUGUUUUUGUGUGCGUGCGCUCUGACACGCUACUUUCGGAGAAGGGUGUGUUUUGCAUGUCUUGUUCCCGACCCGAUCUUGUCUCGUAUGUGCUCUUGUUGUGGCCUUUCCCUGUCUUGGUUCUCUAUUGCACCCGUAGUGGCCCUUGUUUUUCUCCUUUUUUCUGUGACCUGGACCCUGCUCGGCCUACCCGAGCUGUCACAUGACCUACCUGUUGUCUUCCUUUGCUUCUUGAAAGUCUUUUUCCUCAUGGCCGUUGCCUGCUGCAAUCGAUGAAGAAUGAG